UGUGAGUCAGAGGAGCGAGAGAGAGAGAGAGAGAGAGAGAGAGAGAGAGAGAGAGAGAGAGAGAGGGUGAUUGAAAAAAGGGGUGUGGACUGAAGGCUGAACACAGGAAAGUUUUCCCCAGGAACAACAAGUGGGAGAGAGGUGGAAAACUCCGGACCCAAACCUCCAGCUCGCCUGCAAAGCAAACAACGUAAUUCGGAACACACACGGCCACUCUCUCACACACCCAGGAGAGAGAGAGAAGGAGGGAGAGAGAGAGGGUAGAGCUGUUUUCUGUGCGUGUGUCUGCUGCUUGUGUGACGGGGUGUACCCAGACUGAGCAGAGCCAGCUAUGUGUGAAGACUUCGUCCAGGCAGAGAGAAGCAGCAUGGUGAGCACACACCAGAGCCAAGAUCUCGUGGUCCCCAGCCCAGAGCCCGACCCACCCUCCCCCAGCCACAGCCUCACAACCUCGGGCAGCGGAGCAGCCAACGCUAGCUCCGACCAUGGAGCUCCAGGGAGUCCCGCCAUCAAGGAGGGUUCCAGCCCUGGGAUGAACCCAGCCACGGUCGCCUCUGGCCCAGUCAACGCCAUCACGGUGCUGACCCUGCUGGACAAGCUGGUGAACAUGCUGGACACCGUCCAGGAAAACCAGCACAAGAUGGAGGGCCGUCAGGCGGAGAUGGAAGGAGCUGUGAGAGGGAUCCAGGCAGACAUGACCAAGCUGUCCAAGAGCCACACACACACCUCCAACACCGUCAGCAAGCUGCUGGACAAGAGCCGUAAAGUCUCUGUGACCAUGAAAGAGGUUCGAGACAGGAUGGAGCGUCAAGGUGGGCAGGUAAAGAAACUGGAGGCUAACCACGCCCACCUGCUGAAGAGAAACAACUUCAAAGUGCUCAUAUUCCAGGAGGAGAACGAGAUUCCCUCCAGUGUGUUUGUGAAGGAGCCAGUCCCGUUCCCUCAUGAGCUAGAGGAGGGGGAGGAGUCCAAGUCUGUCGUGGUCGACGCCAACCGCUCUCAGGAGGAGGGGCUCCACACCAUCGACCUGUCCUCGGACGAGGAUGUGGGGCUGGAGGCGGAGAAUGAGGAGGAGGGGCUGGAGGAAUUACACGAGCUGUCAGGAGAGCCACUGGAGAGAUCCAGGGCUGAUAAGUUCAAACGUUCCAGCUUGAAGAAGGUGGACAGCUUGAAGAGGGCCUUCUCCAAACAGAACAUAGAGAAGAAGAUGACCAAGAUCAGCACCAAGAUCGUGUCUCAGGAGAAACGAGACAAGAUCAAGAAGAGCCUGACUCCCAACAACCAGAAGAGCCUCUUCAAGGUGUCCCCUCUCACCUUCAGCAUCAGGAAGAGGCGGGGGUCGGAGGGCCCGCAUGAAGCCGAGGCGGAGGCCUCGUCUCAGACCGAGGGCUCUCCUAGCGCCGUGGCCUCCAUCGAGCUCUCCCCGGUGGGCAGCCCCAACCAGGAUCUCACCUUCACUGAGGUGCACACCCAGCUGGCCCCAGAGCUCGAGGACGUAGGCAACGCCCUGGAGAGGGAGGAGCCAGGUGCUGCAGAGUCCAAUGGUGUUCCAGAAUCUGAGGAGAUUCCGGAAUCCGACAUUCCAAGGAGGAGCUGUUGGUGAGGGAGGAAGUGAGGGAGGAAGUGAGUGAGGCGUAUGCCCUCUCCGCCACCCUCCCGCAGGAAGAUUCCCUGUCAGCCCCGCCCUGCAAUCAGGAAGAAGAGGAGGAGGAAACAGAGGAGGGGCAGAAUGAGAAGGAAAUAGUGGUG